CAGUAGAUUCCUGGUAGACAUCUUAGAACUUUAAGAACGGAAAAGACCUGCUUUUAGGGGAUAAUGCUGAGGGACACUAUGAAAUCUUGGAAUGAUAGCCAGUCAGAUCUCUGUAGCAGUGACCAAGAAGAGGAAGAAGGGAUGAUUUUUGGUGAAAAUGAAGAUGAGUUGGAAGAAAUGAUGGAUUUAAGUGAUCUGCCUACCUCACUUUUUGCUUGCAGUGUCCACGAAGCUGUGUUUGAGGUACCAGAGCAGAAGGAGAGAUUUGAAGCGCUUUUCACCAUCUAUGAUGACCAAGUUACGUUUCAGCUGUUUAAAAGCUUUAGAAGAGUCCGAAUAAACUUCAGCAAACCUGAAGCAGCAGCACGGGCUCGAAUAGAACUCCACGAGACAGACUUCAGCGGGAAGAAGCUGAAGCUGUAUUUCGCACAGGUACAGAUGUCCAGCGAAACACAGGACAAAUCGUAUUUACUGCCCCCCCAGCCGGUCAAACAGUUCCUCAUCUCCCCUCCUGCGUCGCCUCCAGUGGGGUGGAAGCAGGGGGAAGACGCGAUGCCUGUUAUAAAUUAUGAUUUACUCUGUGCUGUUUCCAAAUUGGGACCAGGAGAGAAAUACGAGCUUCACGCGGGAACUGAGUCGACGCCGAGCGUGGUGGUUCAUGUCUGUGAAAGUGAAACUGAAGAGGAAGAGGAAACAAAAAAUCCCAAACAGAAAAUCACCCAGACAAGGCGCCCUGAGCCUCUGACUGCAGCACUGAGCAAGCCCCGGGCCUUCGACUGCACACUGUGAGGCUUUGGCUGUGGGGCGAGCCCGCUGCCACCUGGGCUGGGGUGGUGGGGACAUGCCUGCCCGUGACCGCUGCUCAGCUG